CAGGAAAUGCAUCAGUGUGUGCAUGUAGAGAGGAGUAGACAAACUAGUCCGCUAUACUGUACAUUAAUGUGUUUUGGAUGUGCAUGUGUGUCCCCGUGGUCUGGCUGUAUGUCUGUCACUGACUGUGCUGACUUUGUGCUUUGUGACGGGGACAGAAGGGUCCUCGGUUUCUGGAGGAGCCGGCAGGCAUUUGAUGUGCACAGGACAGGACGACACAUGAGGAGCACUCUUGAAUUAUCUUUCUGUUUAUUAUUCUUCCUUCCCCCCCCCCCUCCCUUUUUGUUCUGUUGCUUGUGGCUCAGUGGUGAGGGAAGUGGUUUGAGCCCCAACGCAUUAAAAUGUAAAUGCUGUAAUUGCAGCUGAUUGAAUGUUUUCUGCAUUUUGCGUGAUUACCAGAAAUUACUUUUUGAACAGGAUUACACAUAAUGCUCCACGUCCCUCGUGAAUUAGCCUAUACGCUUAGUUAUGAGUGUAACACUCAUUCCCGUGAGCGUGAUCUGUGAAAUCACAGCAAGUUUGGCAGCCAUGCAAUUUACACAAUUAACUUUUUUUUUUUAAAUUAGCACAGAGAAAUUACUUUUCAGUGCAGCAGAAGUCUGUGUCCAGUAUUUAACUUUAGAAAUAAAUAUAAUUCUAGAAGUUUUUGAGGAAAAAAAAUGUACAUCUUUUUUUACUGAUUAUCUUAUGUUAUAAUAAUUUGGAUUUGCAAAAUACAGGUAAAUAGGUGGCUCCUCGUUUGAGCCAUAAACCUUUGGAAGCUUGUAAUGCUAAUAUAUACACACAAAAUAGAAGAGAUUUUAAGACCUUAUUUUACUUUUUUUUUUUUUCACAUGGGAAUCCUGCAGUCCCUACCAUCCCAUUCAAGUAUAACAGUUUGAAAAUUAGAUUUAUAUGUAUUAAUUUGGGAGACUAAUAUAGGCUAAUAGAAUACUAUUCCCUUAAGAGCAGCUGUUUAUGUUAUGUUUUCUGGAUGUUUUCUCCUUUAUUACUCAGUACAGUAGGGAUUUGAUACGAAAGUGGGAAUAGAGAGUGUGUGUGAAACCGGAAAUGAUGUGGGACGGACUCAAACAUUCCUCAUUGGUCAGCGCUUGGUAGCGACCUCGCAGUCGUGCCUAGAAGCUCUUCAGGCCCCCAACGUUUGUUGUUGCUAGGUUUCUACAUGGAAAAUUGUGAGCACAAACAAGAAACAGCAGUUUCUGUCAGCAUGAGGAAAAAAAGGAGUCGGAAGAUCCAGAUCCGGAACAUUCCCCCUCAUCUACAGUGGGAGGUUUUGGAUGGCCUUCUAGCUCAGUAUGGUACUGUAGAAAAUGUGGAACAAGUGAACACUGAUACAGAAACAGCAGUGGUGAAUGUUACAUACGCAACCAAGGAGGAAGCUAAAGUAGCCAUCGAGAAGUUGACAGGACACCAGUUCGACGACUACUCCUUCAAGGUGUCAUAUAUCAUGGACACGGAUGCUGCUCCACCUGUCCAGGCUCCCCGCACGCGUCGUGGGGGUCGGACUUCCCGGGACCAGGGCUCCUCUCAGCCCGGGCCAUCAGGAGGCUACGGAUCUCCACGCCCCAGACAACACGACUUCCCACUGCGCAUGCUCGUGCCUACUCAGUUUGUGGGAGCCAUCAUCGGCAAGGAAGGCAACACCAUCAAGGAUGUCACCAAACAGACGCAGUCAAAGGUAGACAUUCAUCGGAAGGAAAAUGCAGGUGCAGCUGAAAAACCCAUCACCAUCCACUCAACACCCGAGGGCUGCUCCGCCGCCUGUCGCAUGAUCCUGGACAUCAUGCAGAAGGAGGCCAACGAGACCAAGACGACGGAGGACAUCCCUCUGAAAAUCCUUGCCCACAACAGCCUUGUGGGUCGGCUGAUUGGCAAAGAGGGUCGCAACCUGAAGAAGAUCGAGGAGGAGACAGGGACCAAGAUAACCAUCUCCUCGUUACAAGACUUAACUAUUUACAACCCUGAGAGGACCAUCACGGUGAAGGGCAGCGUAGAUGCGUGUUGUAAAGCUGAGAUGGAAAUCAUGAAGAAGCUGAGGGAAGCCUACGAGAAUGAUAUUGCUGCUAUAAAUCAACAGGCCAACUUGAUCCCGGGCUUGAACCUGAACGCUCUGGGCAUCUUCUCCUCGGGUCUGCCGGUGCUUCCCCCUGCUGCUGGACCACGUAGCGCUGUGCCUGCUGUGGCGCCAGCAGGGUACAACCCAUUCUUAGCAUGCUUGUCACUUCACUUUCAGAGUCACUCUUCACAUCUCAGUGGCCUGUAUGGGGUUCCUCCAGCAAGUGCCAUCCCCCACCAGCACUCACAACAGGCUCCAGAACAGGAGGUUGUCUACCUCUUUAUUCCAACUCAGGCAGUCGGGGCCCUGAUCGGCAAGAAGGGUCAGCACAUCAAACAACUUGCCCACUUUGCCGGAGCUUCCAUCAAGAUCGCUCCGGCUGAGAGUCCAGAUGUUACUGAGAGGAUGGUCAUCAUUACUGGAACACCAGAAGCUCAGUUUAAGGCCCAAGGUCGGAUAUUUGGAAAGCUGAAAGAGGAAAACUUCUUCUCUGCGAAGGAGGAGGUCAAACUGGAGACGCACAUAAAGGUUCCCUCAAGUGCAGCUGGCAGGGUCAUCGGUAAAGGUGGUAAGACGGUAAACGAGUUGCAGAACCUUACGAGCGCGGAGGUCAUCGUACCGCGGGACCAAACUCCUGAUGAGAACGACGAGGUCUUUGUGAAAAUCAGUGGGCAUUUCUUUGCCAGCCAGACUGCACAGAGGAAGAUCCGGGAGAUCAUUCAGCAGGUCAAACAGCAGGAACAGAAGCACCAGCAGGGCGCCGCUGUGUCACCGCACCACUCCAAGUGACCAGCCGGGUGGCUCCAGUGGGCACCAGCCAAUGAAUGUAGCCCUCCCAAAUGAACAGAGACCUAUCCAGACUAAGGCCAAGGCCAAGGGGGACAUGCAGGGCAGACCAGCAGCACCGGGAUCAAAACCAAAGAACUUCGCUAGGGGGGACACAAGUGAGAGCCAAAGGCUGAGGGCAUUGUGUGCACUGCCAGCCCUGUGAGAGCAGAUAGAUUGGGAGAAAUCGUACUGAAGCUUAAAAAAAAAAAUUAAUAAAGAAACAAAAAAGACCAAAAAAAAAAAACCUACAAGAAAGGCGGAAAUGGCAGAAAAUUUGGGAACUGUUGUCUUCACGGUUUAAAAAAAAACUAGUUUGUCUCCCUGCAUAACGUUAUCUCUUUAGUUGGACUAACAUAGGCCUAAAAAAAGAAAAGGAGAAAAUGCAACUCUAUUUUAACACGAGCGUGUACGAGGCAUUGUGAUUGAUAUUUUGGGUUAGAGCGAGAGCCAGCGACAGCGGACUCCUUCUCUCACGCGUGUUUGAGAUAUUUAGAUUGUGAGAUCAAAUAUCCUUAGCAGUAUUAAUGCAGUAGAAACGUGUAUGGAUACACACUGAGAGCAUGCUCUGUUAUUUUAUUCAUCAAAAUGACAGUAGAGCUUGGUGUUAGUAUUUUGCUUGUACCUGAGAUUGAUUGACUGAGUAAUCGAUUGAUUGACAGCCUCCCCUUGUUUGUUCCCAUUUUUAGGCCACUGAAAUUUGAAAAGAAAACCCCUAUAAGUAAAUAAGGUGAAUGGUUCUGAGUCUUUGUAACAAGCCUGUGUGUGUGCCAACGCAAAAGAUAACGUCCCUUUCAAAUAUAUCUCACCAUUCAUAUCUGAUACUAAGCUUAUUUUUUUUUAAUUUUUCUCUCUUUUCUUCUAAUUUCUGCUUCACUUCUCAUCACUCUCUCUCAUCGGACACCAUGUCUUUUCUUUUGUUUUUGUUUGGGUUUUUUCUUUUUUUUUCUUUUUUUUUUUUUUAAAAAAAAAUGGGAUAAAAUUUUUUCCGUAGCUUUUUGAUAACCUUGAACUGACUGCCACUUUUGCUCAAGAGAGGUUAAAUGCAACUGAGGGAUUUUUCUUUUUUUCUUUCUUUUUUUUGUAAUCAGUAAAAUUCUGUCAUGCUGUGCAGUAGACGUCGUCUGUGUUCACGCUCGUCGUCUCCUCUUUAAUCAGAGCAAAAACUGACGUCUUAACGAGCGGUGCGCGUUCGCCCGUUAACCGGUCUUCUUCGGACGCGCGCCGCCACACGCUUGGCCUUAUGAGGACGUCGCAAGGGCCAGCACAGAAUGUGAGCUGAGGGCCCGGUAAAGGAGGGGGACAGGGUUCGGGGCAGGGUUGGGAGGGUUAGGGGGAGGGAGGGUGCAGACCUCUGGUGUGUGGGGUGGCAGCGAGGUUGGAUUUUAGGGAGGCGCUGUAUGACCUGUGGUACACGACCAGCCGCAGCCGCGUUUGGCUUUAACCCUCUCUUGUCAGGGAGCUUUCUAAAAAUGGCAUGACAGCUGUGAAUGUACAAAAUGCAGCCUUUUUAGAAAAAAAUACAGAUAUCACCCCUGCCGUGUCCAGCAGGCCAGGCCAAACGGCACACGACACAGAUUGUCAUCCUCUUGCUCUCUGUUCUUUUCCCUUUUUUAAAAAAGAUUUUUAUUAAAAAAUUUUAUUUUGGCGAGUUGGCCGCCUGCUCUGCGGGCACGCUGGACACGCAGGUCCUGGUGUCCCUUUGUGCUUUACUUUGAAGAACAUAGAAGCUUGUUGCCUUAUUUUGUCACCUUUCAUACAUCACCCAUCAGCUUCAUCUUCCAGACGCAAGGUUAUUGCCAAUACGCACAGCUUCCUCCGUGUGUGUGUGCGCGUGCGUGCGUGUGUGUGUGUAUAUAUAUAUAAAAAGAGAGAGUAAUAUUUAUGAAUCUAUUUUUUCCUAUUUUGUCAUGAGAGCUAUUGAUAAGAAACAAAAAGAAGACAAAGUCCUUUUCUUUUUUUCCUCAGUGGGACACUGCCAUAUUAUUUUGAAGGGAAGUGUUUAUUUUCUUGAAAAAAAAAACUAAAACAAAAACUAGACUAUGAAUAAUAAUAUAAUGAAUAAAAACCUGAAAAAAUAGGAAAGCAGUAAAAGUGAACCACCGCGUUAACUUGUGGUCGGGAUGUGAACAGUGCGCAUGUCAGUAUUGUGAUCUACCUCAGGCUUCAGGGUACCUCAGUCCAAUCUUUCAUUUCUCCCUUUUUCCACAUUUUUGUAUGCCUUGUUAACUAAUCAUUUUGAGCGUUUUUAAUUUUCUUUUUUAAUGAAAUAAAAAAAGAUAAAAGAUCUACAGUAAUCUCUACUCUCUUCAGGUCCAGCCGACUAGUGAAACUUUGUAAAAGAAAAAAUCAACUAAAAUAACCGUAGUCAACGUUGUCGGACUGUUUGCCUGGACGCCAUACAACCUCUUAAUGAUACAAAAGAAUUUCCAAGUCAGUUUUUUGUUUGUUUUUUUUUUGUUUGCUAGAAAGGAAUGAAGAGCAGGAUCUAAGGGGUACAUACCUGCCCGAUGUGGUUCUGAAUGUGGAUGUUGUGUACUGAUUUCACCUUCAAAGAAAUUAAAGAGAACGAAAAAAAAAAGAAAAA